AUGCGCAGGGUUCAAGAAAGGCAAAAAAUCGAAAAGGGUGAACUAAAGAAAGAAUGGAAGAUAAACAACAGAGACAUGUUGUCACGUUUUAUGGAAGUGGAAGCCAGCGAUCCAUCAGUCCCUCCGUUUGCGCUCCUGGUAUGGACUUCUUCAAAUAUUACUGCGGGCAGUGAUAGCACGGCAAUGUUCCUAAGAGCUAUGUUCUAUUAUCUUUUGCAUAAUCCGAGUACCCUCAAGCGCCUGGUGGCAGAAUUCGACGAGGCCGCUGAAGCAGGGAACCUCGAAGACCUUGCUGGAUUUAGACAAGCCAAGGAUCUUCCAUACUUUAAUGCAUGUAUUAAUGAAGCAGGCCGCAUGCAUCCUCCACUUGGACUUCCUAUGGAGAGGGUAAUUCCUGCAGAAGGUGCUAAUAUCUGUGGCCAACGACUAGAAGGCGGAACCGUUGUUGGUAUGAGUUCUUGGGUGACCCAUCACCAUGAACAAACAUUUGGGGCAGAUUGCAAUAAGUGGCGACCAGAAAGAUGGCUGUGCGAACCAGAGCAGGCAAAGUACAUGGAAAAGUGUCUCCUCACGGUAAGCAGGAAUAUUGAGUACCUUUUUUACCCGUCAUCAACCCUCAGCUUAUUCAAGUUCUAG